ACCCCUUUGCUACAAUGUCUUCUUCAAAUUUUGAUUCCUCAGCCCCGUCUUCUAGUCCAGCUCGGGGCCCAUCCGGAUCGCCACAGCCAUCAUCGGCAGCUCCAUCUAGUAGGGGAAGGCGGCGGUUAAGGAAACAUUUUUCCUCCCCACACCCCAAGCUAUUGGGCCCUAGGGUUGAGCUCGAGGAGAAUAUCAUGGCCUUGUGCCACUGCCAAAUCUUGGAUCAGGGCUUCGCCGAUGCUACCGACAUAGCUGGACAAGCCAUUGAGACGAGCAAGCUCUUUUCUAGCGACAAGAAGGGGACCACUAAAUAUUGGGAGCCCUUUUUUGUCUUUGUCUCUACCGGGCCAGAAUAUCCCUUUACCGGCUCUCGAAAUCCCUCAUUUUGCCAUGUCAAGCCACCACCGGUGACAGGCAAUAUUUUGGCUGAGAAGAAGAAACUCUGCCAAGGGGGAUCCGUCGAGAUCAGGAUAGUGGUCACCGAGGAGUGCCUGACCAAGCUUGGGAUCGAGUUUGUCAAGGAUGAUCAUCACCAUCAACCAAACUUGUUAAAGGGCAUCCCCGAGAGGAAUGAUGAUUUAGGUCCCUUUGGCCUCCCUUGGAGUGUUGGAGCUUGCCCGUCGAGCGACCAUCUAGAAUCUUCUCUAGAUGACGAGAGGAAGAUGUCUGCGGCCGAGAAAAAAAAACUGCAAGACAAAGUCAACCGCCUCACUAGGGAGCUGCUAGAGGAAGGGCAUCUAAAUACCAACCUUCAAUGCCGUGUUGGGCAGCUCGAGAGGGACAAGAGCAAUCUUGAGAAGGAAAAGCACGAUCUCCAUAGAGAGAAGAGCAACCUGCAGGCGCGAGUCGCCCACUUGGAAGAGGAGAAAGUUUCCUUGUCCUCUGAAGUGGCAUUAGUUUUAGACCGGGUGGCCGAGCUGGAGGCCGAGAAGGGCGACGUAGUCUAUCGCCUUGAAGAGGCAGUCGAGACCUCCAAGGCUUCUCCGGAGUUCAGCGCGACCUCCAUGGAGCGGAUGGGGCUCUUCCAGGCUCAAAAGGUCUUUCACCGCAAGCUAGAUCGGCUCCCCAAGGGAACAUCUCUCCCCGGUUUUGGCCUCCCCCUCUUUGCAAUGACUUCAAGGAUUUUGACCCUGCGCCCUACAAGGAUGGGGCGGAUUCAAGCAACUCUGAGGAGGAGAGCAAGAAGGCUGGCCAGAGCGACUAGGGUAACCAAAACGACCAAAGCGAGGGAGCUCCCCAAACAGCUGCCACGGGUGAAGAGGCGGGCCAGGCUGAGCUCCGUGGGUCAAGGCCGCCACCACCUCCUUGAAUUGCUCAGACAUGAUCCGGAUCCGUUGGAUGAGGAGUUCAGUUUCCGUCACGCUGAUAGGGAGGUGACGGCCCACGAUGGCAAUAGUCUCCCUUUGGUGAGGAUUGCCGGUGGGUUGAUUGGCGUUGCUGCGUAUCUGUACCAUGAUUAUGUGGAAGGUUUCUUCUGUGACAUAGUAAUAUUCUAAAUAAACACAUAUCUCUUAUGAAAUGUAUCUAGAAUUUAUAAAGUUUCUUAAAGAUAUAUUUUCCUCUUGGGAUACUUCGAGUUUCAGUUUGAAUUCUUCUAUUAUUUGUCAUGUCAUUGACAAAUAAGUGACACUUUUAUCAAGUUAGAAUAGCGAGUGAAAUUGAGUCCUACUUCAAAUUUUACCAAAUCAUUAAUAUUAUUAAUUAUACUUUUGUAUAGAAAGAUCAAGAAAAAUGUAAUUUGUAACGAGAAAGAUGUGAAUGAAAAUAAAAUAUGGGAUUUUUA